CCGGUGUCUGUCAUCGGUGUUUGUUUCUUGUGUUGACGCAAAAAAAAUCUUCAAGGCAUGGAUAACAAAACUCCGCAUUGUCAACAGAAUGGAGACACAGGUUUACAGGGUAUGCUGACAGAUGUCAUGAAUGAGCUGAUUGAUGAAGUGACACUCGGUCUUUGCUUUGAUAUUCACAGAGCUUCAAAAAUUGGCACAUUGUUUUUAGGGGAUACAGAUCCCAAGUCACAACGAGAAUAUGAAAUAGUAGAAAAGCUGGGAGUGGAUGUGUUUGGACAGGUAGCAACAAAAAAGCAGUUUGAAUGUGUCUGUCCAAAUUGUCAGCGGAACCUUGCAGCAUCCAGAUUUGCUCCACACCUUGAAAAGUGUAUGGGCAUGGGCAGAAAUAGUUCAAGAAUAGCAAGUCGCCGCCAGGCCCGUAUCGCCAAGGAAAGUGAAACAAGUAGUCGAGUAGCUACGACGGGGAAGGGUGACAGUGACGACCAUGACAGUCCAGAUGAUGAUAAUGAUGUUGACUGGAGUUACAAUGUCGACAAGAAAGUGAAAAAGUUGAAGAAAGAAAAGAUUUUAACACAUUCUCCUAGAAGGAACAAGCAUAAUAAGUUCAGGAAUGGAAAUCAUUUAGCUGGUGAUAACAGCUCUGAUCGCUCGGGAACACCUGAACCUACCAUACCUAGCUAUGAAUUGAUGACAGUCGAAGAAAGAAAACAGCUUCUGCUACAGACUUGUGGAGUCAUAUCUGAACAUACCAAGAAAAUGUGUACAAGAUCCCAUCGCUGUCCACAACACACAGAUGAACAACGGCGACAGGUUCGGGUGUUUCUGCUGGGGCAUGCAAAUGUAGAGGAUGAUGUGCACAUUGACAUUGACAGUCUCGACGAUGUUGACAAUCAGUCACUCAGGGAGUCUUUACAAUGGGAGGUAAACUCAUCAGCCUCCUCUCCCACUGAUUCCACAUCUACAAAUAACAGUACAUCAGGUGCAAAGAAAAGACCCCCAUCAAAAUCAAAUUCUUCAAAAAAUUCUAACUCAAAAAAGAAGAAAGGCAGCAAACACACAACUAGCUCAGUGACAAAUUCUCACGGAGGAUCAGGGAACUCUAUCUCCUCGUCUAGCAUGUACGACUUUGAAUGAUGCCGGGAAGUGACCUAGUAUGUUGUUAUUACAUGUCAACUCUAUCUCCUCGUCUAGCAUGUACGACUGAAUGAUGCCGGGAAGUGAUCUAGUAUGUUGUUAUUACAUGUCAACUCUAUCUCCUCGUCUAGCGUGUACGACUUUGAAUGAUGCCGGGAAGUAAUCUAGUUUGUUGUUAUUACAUGUCAACUCUUUCUCCUGUUGUAAGCAGCUUGUGUCUGUAUAUCAAACUGUAACUACCAGAUCCAUCAGUAAUACUUAUUUGAUGUUCAAAUCCUAACAAAAAAUUCUUAAGAUGAAAUGAAUUUUUGUCUUAUGUAUUUCUCUUGUAUAUUUUCUGAUUUAUUAUAUAACAACAAUUAAUACUGUUCUGUACGCGUAUGACAGUAUGCUGGAAUUUUGACACUCUUUCUUCAUUGUAAGAAUGUUAUUUUGUUCAUUAAAAGAAUAUUGUUUGGUUAACUGAUGUCAUCAUACUUAAAAACGCCUGUGAAGUUAUGAACUAUUGAAAUGUUGAUCUCAGCUUCUUCAAUCAAAACCUCAAUUUCAGUCCUAUCGGGUUUCACAGAAAUUAGUGAAGUUAAACCUGUUGUAGAACUGACAUAACAUAUCAGAACUUGGAAUUGUGUGUGAGGUGAUGAGUUUUCUGAGUUAAUCACUGCUCAUUACUUACUGUAAUACUCAAAUUACAUGUAGUAGUAGUAGAAGAAAAUCUAAAAAAGGACGAACAAAUUAAGUUAUAAUAUAAUAUCUGGUGAUCUUUCAGUAUAGUAGCUUCAAAACUUCCUCAAAAUCUUGUGUGAACUUGGUGAAAAUACAGUUUGCUGUUAAAUAUCUGUUGUACUUUAUCCGUUCAGUGUGAGAGGAUGUAUGUGUUAUGUUUUACUUCAAUGAUGAAGUGUUUGUGUUCAAUUUUGUUAUCAAAAAUGUUACAUUAUUAAGAUAUAUUUAAAUAUGUAAAUAGUCUUUCAAAUGGUGUUUUUUUUUCAAUUCAAUUUCUAGCUGAAUGUAUAUAAUGGUGCCCGAUUGUUUGAGAAUGUA